UGCCUGUUAUUGUUAGAAUUUAUGUUAUCUGUCCUUAUCUCCUAUCUCUCCUUGUCACUUGCUCUUACCAAUCCUGACGAUGUUGCGGCUAUUAACAGCCUCUUCCUUGCACUGGAAUCUCCUCUUCUCCCUGGUUGGGUUGCAUCUAGAGGUGAUCCAUGUGGCGAGAGCUGGCAAGGUGUUUUAUGUAAUGCUUCCCAAGUAGAAACCAUAAUUCUCAUCAGUUCCAAUCUUGGAGGAGAGCUUGGUGGUUUAAACAUGUUUACUUCUCUUAAAGCAAUGGAUUUUAGCAACAAUCACAUUGGAGGAAGUAUCUCAUCAACGCUUACAAUCUUACCUUUUCACAGGUUUCUUUCUGGUAACAAGUUUACAGGAACCAUCCCAGAAUCUCUUUCCUCCUUAAAAUCUUUGUCUGUCAUGUCCUUGAACAAUAACGUUUUGUCUGGCAAGAUACCCGAUGUCUUUCAAGACCUUGGCCUUAUGAUCAAUCUAGAUUUGUCUAGCAACAAUCUGAGUGGACCAUUGCCUCCUUCCAUGCAGAAUCUUUCGACUCUUACAUCCUUGCUUUUGCAGAACAAUCAUCUUUCAAUAGAGCUUGAUGUUCUUCAAGAUCUUCCCCUCAAGGACUUGAAUGUCGAGAGCAACCUCUUCAAUGGAUCUAUACCAGAAAAGUUGUUGGGUAUACCAAAUUUCAUAAAAGGUGGUAACCUGUUUAACGUCACUAUUGCUCCAUCGCCUUCACCUGAUACACCUCCAAGUCCAACAUCACCUACGCGGCCGUUUUUUGGACCACCAUCUACCAAUGCAUCAACUGGUCAUGGUCAGGCACAUAUGUCAAGAAAGUCACAUGUUUGUUUUCUCUCCUUCAAUGAAAUUCAAACAAAAGACAAGGAGGCUAAACCAAAAGAGAGAAUAGGGGGUGCUUCGAAGAUGCAGAGUGGGGCAGAAAGAAGCGUAGGAAGUCUAUCAAAGCAGGAGAGUCAUGAGAUAGACAUGAAUGGCAAUGCUAUGGAUUUGAUGUAUCCCUCAUCAAUUCCACCUAUCAAAAGGAUCAUCGCAAAGGCGACUGUACCUGCUGAAGCAUCUCUAAAGAAGCCAUCCAGUAAAUCCUUUGGGCCCUUGACAUCCGUGAAGCACUUCACGGUCGCAUCUCUACAACAACUCUCCCAGGAAAACCUUAUUGGAACGGGCAUGCUUGGGAGUGUAUACAGGGCAGAGUUUCCAGGUGGAAAGCUUUUGGCUGUUAGGAAGUUGGAUAAGAAGUCUUCCAAUCAUACAGAAGAAGGGAAAUUUGUGGAGCUAGUGAAUAAUAUAGAUAGAAUCCGACAAGCCAAUAUUGUCCAACUCGUGGGUUUCUGUUCUGAGCACAGUCAGAGGCUUCUGAUCCAUGAGUAUUGUAGGAACGGUACUCUGCACGAUUUGCUGCAUACUAAUGACAGGUUAAUGAUUAAACUAUCAUGGAAUAUCCGUGUUAGGAUGGCACUAGAAGCUGCAAAAGCUCUGGAGUAUCUGCAUGAGAUCUGUGAUCCACCUAGUAUUCACCGAAAUUUCAAGUCUGCAAAUAUUCUCCUUGAUGACGAUCUGAGGGUGCAUGUCUCAGACUGUGGCUUGGCUUCCAUAAUCUCCUCAGGUGCUGUUAGUCAGUUAUCGGGUCAACUCUUAGCGGCCUACCGAUAUGGAGCUCCAGAGUUUGAAUAUGGGAUCUAUACAAUGAAAUGUGAUGUCUACAGUUUUAGAGUGGUUAUGUUAGAACUCUUGACAGGCCGCAAGUCAUAUGACAAGAAACAGGAUAGAGGACAGCAGUUUUUGGUGAGAUGGGCAAUCCCGCAGCUUCACGACAUUGAUGCAUUAGCGAAGAUGGUCGACCCAUCUCUCAAGGAUGAUUAUCCAGCCAAGUCGCUGUCACAUUUUGCUGAUGUGAUAUCACGUUGUGUUCAGUCGGAACCAGAGUUCAGGCCACUAAUGUCAGAAGUGGUUCAAGACCUCUCAGACAUGAUCCAGAGAGAACAUCAGAGAAAUGACUCAAAUGGGGAUAAUCAGUAUGCAGGAAGUAGAUAG